UUUACAAAACACAAUAUAUAUAUAUACAUAUAGAUCAAUCAAAAACUAACUGCUGCACUUUAUGCAAACAACAUUUGUACCGCCUUCUAAAUAUAUAUAUGUUAAUUAAUUAGUUAAUUAAUUGCUAAAUAGUGCUUAGCUACUUUGUAACAAAGAACCGAGAAUUAAACUAUUUAACGCAUACUCGAAACGGUAAACAUAGGCUUUAAAUGGAUUGUAUGAAAUAAUUGCUAUCAAAAUUUAUCUGUCUAUAUAUGUAUAUGCAUGCACAUAUAUAUUUAUGUAUAUGUGCUGCAUGUCUUAGGUCCUAAGUUAUGUCUAAGCUUAGCUAUAUAGUUUUAUAUGUUGCAUGUUCUCUCUAGACAAUAGAGCUUCAAUCGAAAUUAUGUUCACUAUGGGUAACAGUUACUUUACGAUACAUCUGUUAGAUAUAGAUAUAUAUAUUAUACACACACACAUUUAGCUAUUUAAGCUUUGUCACACCUACACUCACAUUUGAUUUGCAUAUUUUACCUUAAGCAUAGAAAGAAAUGCAGCAAAAAAAAAGUCGAUUAAAAAACAAACAAACUAUCCGAAACUAAUGCUCUUUAAUGUGCGUAUUAUAUAAUCUCGUACGUUUUUUAUAACAAUUUUCACGCGCAACUCGUGUAAACUACGCGAAUUUGCAAUUCAUUAAAACAUGCGCGAGCGCGUGCGCUUCAUGAAUUUCAAUAGGUCUCGAGAGCUAUUUAACUUUGCGAGAAAAGUCUAUGAAAGUGUCAGUCGAUUGCGAAACAUGAAUGGAUCCACAAUGGGAGACAGCCGAGUGAACAGGCACAGGUGUCAGACAGCUGACAGGAUGGUGACGACGACAGGGCAAUGCAGGCGGAAGUGUGGGCGGAUUUGUCUUAUUGCUGUUCCGCUGCUCCUCGUCGUCCUCAUCUCUAUUGAUUCGACGGUGGGCGGCCAGACGACGACCAUAGUACGUCAUACGGACACAGUGGAGCCGCAGUUGGAUGGCUUCUGGACGAAUCGAACCACUUGGAAUGCACGGUGGGUGAAGUACUGGCGGGCCAAGCGCAUUUACGAGCCUGUGUGGAAGAAGGUCUGGACACCGACCAUACUCAAGGAAUGGAUACCGCUGCCCAACGCGCCGGCGCCCGACGCCUGGAAGGAUAAAAAAGGCAAACAUGACUACUCCUAGACUCAAGACAAGACU